GCCGGCUCUCCCGAGGCCGGCGCGAUGUCCAGUGACUCCCCGUCCUUCAGCAAGCGCUCGGACGGCGCGGGGCCGGGGGACAAGGCGGGCGGCUUCGGGAAGGUGGCGGCCCUCAUGGCGCCCGCCCCAGCGGACAGGGACGCCGCCGCGGGCGGGAAGAAGCCGCCGCGUCUGCCCAAGUGUGCCCGCUGCCGUAACCACGGCUACUCCUCGCCGCUGAAGGGGCACAAGCGGUUCUGCAUGUGGCGGGACUGCCAGUGCAAGAAGUGCAGCCUGAUCGCCGAGCGGCAGCGGGUGAUGGCAGCGCAGGUUGCGCUGAGAAGGCAGCAAGCUCAGGAAGAGGAGCUGGGAAUCAGCCACCCAGUGCCCCUGCCCAGUGCUCCUGAGACGUUCGUGAAGAAGAACAGUGGUGGCAGCUCUUGUCUCUUGCUGGAAAGCAGCAACCCUGCGCACUCUACAAGUACAUCCAUGACAGCAGGUAGCACACCAUCAGAGGGGCGGAUGCUCAUUCAGGACAUCCCUUCCAUUCCCAGCAGAGGGCACUUGGAGAGCACGUCUGAUUUGGUUGUGGACUCCACCUACUACAGCAGUUUUUACCAGCCGUCCCUGUAUCCUUACUAUAACAACCUGUACAACUACUCCCAGUACCAAAUGGCAGUGGCCAGUGAGCCCUCCUCAAGUGAGAAUGGGAGUACAAUUGUAGGGUCGGCCAUGAAAAACAGCCUUCGAAGCCUCCCACCAACUUACAUGCCAAGCCAGUCGGGAAAACAGUGGCAGGUGAAGGGAAUGGAGAGCCGCCAUGCCGUCAGCUCCCAGUACCGCAUGUGCUCCUACUACCCACCCGCCUCCUACCUGGGGCAGGGUGUUGGUGCUCCCACAUGCCUCCCCCAGAUCCUGACCUCUGAGGACGUACCCUCCUACUCGGAGUCAAAAGUGAGAGUGUUUUCGCCGCCCAGCAGCCAGGACUCCGGCCUGGGGUGCCUGUCCAGCAGCGAGAGCACCAAGGGAGACCUGGAGUGUGAGCCCCCCCAGGAGCCCGGCGCCUUCGCGGUGAGCCCCGUCCUGGAGGGCGGCGAGUAGAGAGAGGCACGGCACGGCACGGCACGGCCCUCGCCUGGGGCAGGGCAGUGCAGCGCAGCAGCGUUCACGGUUUGCUUGUUCUGCUUGGGGGUUAUGGGGGGCGGGCAGGGGGGGGGCGUUUGGUUUCUUCUUUCCAGGUGCGGGGCGGGAUGCAGCCCGGGGGCCAGACAGACGGAGGGAUGGACGGGCUCCCCGCCGCAGGGACGCCGGUGCCGUUUUGUCUGCCGUCGGGGCGAAGGCAGAGGCGAGGAGAGCGUCGCUGAAAUGGGGGCAGGGGCUUGGAGGGAGCGGGAUCACAGGGAACCGGUGUCCUGCGGCCGCCUCUCCUCCCGCAGGGGCCGGGACUCGGGGUGCUGAUAACCCAUCUCCGGGAAACACCAUCCCAUUAUGUGUAGUUUUGAUGGUUCCUCAUGGGCUAACGCUGCGGCUCGGCUCCGGGCGUUUCCUUCUCAUGUCGCCAAAUUAACAUAUUUUGCAUAUUACAGUUGAGUGCCUUGCCUUAGAUGGCAAUCUAAACUGCGAGUAAAUAAGUCUCUUAAAAGUUACUGAGAAUUUCCGUGUUUGUUACUUUGUUAAAAAUGGCUUAGGGUCUUCUUUUCUUGUGUUACAGAAGCCAACCCGAAAUGAAACUAGUCUAGAAAAAUUCAUUGUUCUCUGUAGUUGCGGCUGUACCUGAAAUAAAAAUGUUAUUGAUGACUG